GUGGUGGAAGAAUCAAAUAAAUCAGAAACAGAAGCGAUCAUUAAAAAAUAUCCGAUUUAGAAAGUGUAUGUCUACGUCUGAUUAAUAAAAUUGACGAAAACACGAAACAACUUGAGACAUGUGAAAAAUCUAUACUCGAAAUAUCUAAGAAAACUUCUGUAAUAACACAAAAUGUCGCCUCUAAUAUUUCUGAUACCUUCGAAAAAGAAAAUAAAAGAGCAAAGUCAGUUGAUUUACCUUCAUUUUGGAAGAGAGAACCAGAGUUAUGGUUUAAAGCGGCAGGGUCCAUUUUCCAGAUAAACAAUAUCACUUCUAACAAUAUAAAAUUUACUAAAGUUUUAUCGGUUUUGGAGUGUGGAAUUAUAAAAGAAAAUAGUAAUUUAUUUAGUAUACAGUGUGAUCUUGAUUCGUACAACAUAUUAAAAACACAGCUAAUAGAAUGUUAUCAGAUAUCAGAUAAAGAAAAAAUGAAUAAACUUUUUUCUCAGUGCGAAUUAGGAGAUAAAAAACCUAGUAAAUUAUACAGAGAUAUGUUUGAAUUGGCAUCUGAACAAAUGUCUAAAAAACUUAUAAUUAUAUCCUGGCUUAACAAAUUACCUACAACAGUUGAGUAAGUUAGCAGAUCAAGAUCGAGGAGUAGAAAAUGGUCACCUCGACCUUCCAGUUCCAAACGUUUUCAAGAAUCAAGUGAUAUUUGUUAUUACCAUAAAAGAUUUAAAGAACGAGCUACAAAAUGUACAAAACCCUGUAAAUAUAAAGAUAAUUUGGAAAACCAUUAAGCCGCUCGUUAAUGGCGACUAACGGAUCUGGCAAAAGAAAUUGUCGCCUUUUUAUUAAAGACAAUAAUACCAAUAUUCAAUUUUUAAUUGACACUGGUCCUGGUGUUUCAAUACUACCAAAAAUAUUAAAUAAAAAUCUAAUGCCAACUUCUAAACCACUAUACAUGGAUCGAAAAUUACCACGUAUGGAGAAAAGUUUUUAACUGUUAGUUUGGGAUUAAGACGAAAUUUUGGAUGGCAAUUUAUUAUUGCUGACAUAAAUCAAGCAAUCAUAGGGGCUGAUUUUUUGAUGAAGUAUGGAAUAUCUGUUGAUCUACAAAACAAAAAAUUAAGAGAUACAGAAACCACCAUCGAAGUCAGAGGAAAACCACACAUUUCAAACACUCCCAUAAUUAAAACCAUCAGUAAGUCUUCUUCAUACUAUGAGUUAUUGGCACAGUAUGCCAGAUUUGACCCGUACAUCCUUAAAAGUUCAAAGAAGCUUAUCGAAUAUAACUCAUCAAAUCAUCCUGUUUACUCAAAAGUA